UGUUCUGUCAAGUGGCAAGACAACCAGUUCCACCAACGCCUGUUUGCUGAGCGCUGUCAUCCUGCUUGUUUUCAUGCAGUUUUCCUCAGGGCACAGCACAGUGAGUUAGUGGAUGGCUGAAAGUUGGCUUGACCAUUGAGUUGCUGAAAUGUUUUGCUGCUUGGGACCCGUGAGAAGGUUAUGUCUGGAGAAGAUACAGCUACAAUGCAUUCUUCAGUCAAGAACUUUGUCAGGAGCUGAUGCCAUCAAUGCUCUCAGACCUUUCUAUUUUGCUGUGCAUCCAGAUUUCUUUGGCCAGCAUCCCAAAGAGAGGGCAGUAAAUGAAAAUUCUCUAAAGAGGUUAAAUGGCUAUUUGGAGAAUCUACAGAAACCAGGAUUUCGCUCCUUUAAGCCAACUCAGCUUACUUUUUAUGUAAGAGAAAGAGAACCAAACUCUUCUAAUGUUCAAGAAUCCUUCAGUGCUUCAGGAUUUCGAGCAGUCAGUUUUACACUACAUACUAGGGAUCUCCUGAGCACAGUAUUGGAUAUCCUCAACUCCUGCAGUUUAUCUACAGAGCAUAUUCAGAGUUUGAAUGUCAACUCUCAGACCCAGAAGGAGGCAAAAAGCACAGUAAACAGACCUAUCAAAUGGGAUAAGACUUACUAUUCAUUUACUGGAUUCAAGGAUCCUGAGGAGGAGCUAGAACAAGCCCGGAGACUGGAAACAACUUUGAUAUCUUGGUUAGAUUAUAAUGAAGCAAGUGCAGUAAAAAAGCUGAAAAAGAGUUUGCCGCUUAGGAAAGAACUAGAACGUUUAAAAUUUGAGCUCUCUCAUCAACUCCAGCUCUCAGAUAUCAGGUGGCAGAGAAGCUGGGGUGUUGCUCACCGCUGUAGCCAACUACACAGUCUCAGUCGCUUAGUCCAACAGAGACCUGAAGUAUUAAAGAAUGUUAAAGGACAUACAGUGGUAUUCACAGACCGUUCAGGUAUGAGCGCAGCAGGCCACGUAAUGCUGGGGACCAUGGAUGUUCACCAUCACUGGACCAAAAUCUUUGAGAGAUUGCCAAAUUAUUGUAAACUACAAAAAAGGCUGCUGCUCUUGGAGGAUCGGAUAAGCCAACUUCUGGGAGGCAUACAAGUAAUAUAUAUAGAAGAACUGCAACCCCUGUUGACUCUAGAGGAGUACUACAAAACUCUGGACUCUUUCUGUAAUAAAUUAUGUGACAGUAGACUACCUUUUCAUCCUCACAGUCUGCGAGGCUUGCAAAUGAUUCUAGAAAGUGACAGAUACGCACCAAGCUUACAUGAAUUUGGACACUUCACAGUCCCAACAGUCUGUGAUCCAGCAACCCUCCAAUGGUUUAUUUUUGCAAAAGCACAGGAAGCAAGACAGAAUCUGAAAAGAAAGGAGGAGAUGAUGAUUACAGAAAAGGAGCUGAUUGAUACAUCCACUGAAAAAUUUUCUUUGGAUCGGCUGUAUAAGGAACCCAGUGUUUCCAGUGCACAGAUGAUAGAUUGUUGUAAGCGACUGCUAGAAGAAUCCUUGCCGUACCUACAAGGAAUGCACCUUUGCGUUUCACAUUUCUACUCUGUGCUGCAGGACGGAGACCUCUGUAUACCUUGGAACUGGAAAAACUGAGGAAAUAUCUGAUAAACAGAUGAAUUGUUUAUUUUCUGUAAGAGGUUAUAAAUAUGAAUGUUUUUAAGAGUAAAUUAUUUAAAUCUGUAUUUUGAUAUCAGAAUUCAACUCACACUUUCUUCUAAUUGCUGCUCAGAAACGAUUGGAGUCCUAGAUAAUUUGCACAAUAUGCAGUAUUGACGGUUCUGAGAAGGACAUCUGUACAUUCUCCAUUCUACUGCAAUAGUCCCGGUGUAUGGUAGCAAUUGUGAAACUGCAUUUUUGUAGUGAAUUAUGAAAAUAUAUUAAAUUGCAAGUCUGCAGAAAUAUGUGUGUGUUAUUUUUAAUAUCCAUUAAUAUUGCCAGAUAGAUCAUCUUAAAUAAAAACUGUACUACUAAAACCAAACACUCCAUGUUAUCUUAAGGGAUUAAGGGAUUCAUUGAAUGUCGAAGUAGGGUACAUAAGUAAUCUGGUGGCAAUACUGGCAUUUUAUAUUGCUACCUAUUACUGAAUUAAAGAAGUGCAAAAACACAAGACUAUUUCUACUUUGCAGAAGAAAGCAAUGCAUUAAUAUGUUCUUACAGCAGAGUUUCUCACUCUAGUGCAGUAUUGUUGCCUCAGAAUUUAAAAAUAUGCCAGUUGUACUGUCUGCAGUUGCUUUAAAGGAGAUGUCAUUGUCUUUUUGUUUUCCAGCAUUUGCUCUCUAAAUACAGACAAUCCUCUUUCCAUGCAUUGUAACAGAUUGCAAAUUCCAUUCACAACACUCAAAAACCUGAAUAGUUUAAUGUGACGUCUAAAGAGAGGAUGCAUUGAUUUGUAUGGGGUUGUCUGCAAGAGUAAGUACUUCUCUGUGAGAACAAGGAGUUUGCAGUAGGGCAAAUGUGUGGAUCUUUACUCGUACUUUAUUCCUUGAAAAAAAAAUGUUUGAAACGGUGUGAGUGUGUGUCAACACUUAUUUGUUGUAAUACAAGUCAAGAUGUAUUUUGUGUUUGGGUUACUGCUUUGCAAAAUAUCUUUGGAGAAGAGCCAACUGCUUAAUGUUUCUAGGCUUGAAUUCACCUAUAAGAACUGGCUUCCUUGCCUUGUAUUUAUAUUUGUAUUGAGUAGGGAAAUUGUUCUUGUUCUCUGUUUCUCCAGUUAAAAGACUCAGUGUCAAGUUGAUGUUGCCAGACUUAAAAACCUGUGCUGUCAUCCUCAAACAUACCUGUUUUAAAUACCAAGACAGCAGUUGCGACUGUCUCAGUCCUUUAAUUCAACCAAAUUACUAGCAGUUCUUGUAUAGGUUCUGAAGAUCAGUUGGUGGUUUCUUCAAAGCAGUUAACUUCCACUGCACAUUACUCCCCCUCGCUCCAUCUGGCAUUGAUGAUACUGUUUGUGUCCCAGUUGCGCUAAGCAAGUGAACGAGUCCUGUCAGUUGUAGCCCAGCAAUGUUCCCUGUAACAGCUCUUUGAAAGUAGGAGCUGAGUGUAGUAAUGCUUUUUUUUUCUUGAUUGAAUUGAAUGAUCACUUACAGGUCUUCAGGCAAGAAGCAGCCGUCAAAUUUGACUGCAGAGGAGAUAAAUAAAGUCUGAGGGGAGGUGAGUAGACUCAACCAAGAGCCUGAUGUGAUUCUGUGAGGCCUGACGCUAAUGUCACAGAAAGCAGUGGCUAGACCUAGAGACCUUCUGUUUGUGGCAUAGAGAGCAAAAGUAGAACUGGCUGGAGAAGGAGACAGAACCUGUAGGGAGCCUUUAUGAGAUAGAGCAUAGGAUGAGUCUCCAAGUAUUAGUGAAACAGGGCAGUGGAGACCCUGACCUGGAAUGCCAGAUUGGAGGAGGCAAGAAGGGGAAAAGAACUGAGGUUAAAUGUGGAAGCAGUGAGAACAGUUGCUGUUAAACAUUUCCAGUCUGGGAUAGAUCUGAAGAUUAUUGCCAUUCCUUCUAAGAGGAAAUAGCCAAAAUCCUCUGGCAAAAUGUGUCAACUCUUGAAGGGUGGCAUGGCAGCCUGCUUUUCUGCAGGUUGCCUCCAGGCAGGGGUCUCAGGUCUGUGCAAAAAGCCAAAGCAUUCCAGUCCUGAUGCUAUCCCGUAAGACAGGUGGUCACCUCAGGUGCUGUUGGGGUGUUCCUUUUCUGUUAGAUUUUGGGGUUGGUUUUCUUGGGUCCUGAAGGAGAUGCAUCUGAGAAUCUCUAAAACUGCCCAAAAACCGAGCAAUAUAAAAAAGGAGGUUGUGUAUAGGUCAGUAAUUCAGCAUCAUAAGGUCUGUGUCUUAACAGAGUUAUUUUGUAGUGUGCUUUCUGUAAAUUGAUUUUACUGCAGAAUGAUCAAGUUGACUUUAUGAACAUAUGGGUCUCCCAACAUUUUUUAACAUGCUUAGAAAAACAGUGGGAAAAAAAGAAUAAACUUGAUGUACGUGUUGUAGGUAUUUAUUUUGACAAGUUUGACUUACUUUGAAGAAAAAAAUAACAGAGAAUUGUCCGUUUAAUUAGAUGUUUAUGGGUUAAUCUGGCAGAGUUCUGUUCUGCUUUCCAACAUUUCAGUGAGGUGAGGGAAAAAAAAAUGGUUUAAAACUCGGAAAGCCUUUUGUCACAAUGGCAGGAUGGAAAAGGACAGCGAUUUGAAAAUUUGUCUGUUUUUACACUGCACAGAACACCUCAAAUUCUGUUCAACAGACUGUGCUAUGAGCUCAUUGUGGAAAUAGACUUGAAUUAAUAUUAACAUCUACUGUAGUUUUAUUCUGUACAGAAUUCCCGCUUGAUCUGUGGCCAACAACCAAAAACAUGCUUGGUGUGAAGUUUCAAAAAGUGUCCUCUUUAAAAACAAUCCUAAUAUUAAAUUAGGUGGAGUUGAUGUCUUGCUGGUUUAAUUGUUAUUAUUUGGCUUAGAUUUGAGGUUUUCUCCUGUUUAGUAAUUUGUGCAACAAAUAUUUGAAAGAUAAGUAAGAAUCUCUACCAGCAAUCAAAGACUUCAAACGUGUGCUGGUCACGCAUCGUGAGUCAAUAAACCGUGAUGCCCGGAUCAUGUCUUUCAGCCUCUGAGUAUGGUUUAGUGUUUUAGUGCAGCUGCCAGAAGGAAAUUCAAUGCUAGAAUAAAAGAGAUGGGGACUUAAGGCAAAAUUUAUUGCCUUAGCGAGUUAUUUUGAUGCUGUUUAAUACUGUGAUCUUGAGAUGCGUGCAUUGGCAAACAGCAGUUUCUAUUUUGUCAGUUGUCAACAUAAUGAUUUAAAGUAUCAGUUCUGUAUGAAUUCUAGUGUUACAGGCUCCUGCCUGUGGUUUGUAUCCUUAAUGCUGUAUAUGAGAAUAGUAUGAAAUCGUGUGAAGUAAUGCCUAUUGUUCUUUUGGCUAUUAACUGCUGUGAUACAGUCUCAGGGACUAAUAGGCUUGUGUUACGGUUUUGCAAGGCAUUCAGAAUGUUGAUAAUCAAUCUUGAGAAAGACUUAAAAAGGGAAACUCUUAAAGAAGAUUAGAGCUGAUGUAUCAAAGCAUAUCCAAAAAUCACCAGAACUUUUCAUAUAAAACGUAAAUCUCAUCUAGUUUGUGUACCUUACAGCUAAAAACUUUUGGAGGAAACUGAAAUUUUAAAGUUUAUUAAUUUAAAGUUGUCUUUCUGAGUAUAUAUAGUAUUUGUCUGAACAGGGUUGUCUCUGUGACUCCUUGGGCAUGUGCAUGUACAUUGUGUGUGUGUGUGUAGUACAUGUAUCGAAUGAUGAGACUUUCCUAAUAUUUCUUUAUAAGCUUAAGAGUACGUGGAUUUGUAACAGAGCAGGGCAGGUGUUUUGGUUUGGUUUUAAAUAAAAAGGCAGCCAAGCUGAGAAAGAGAAAACAAAGCUGUAAAUACAGUAAAAACGUUAAUUUAAUAAAUUCAGAUAUAGAGAUCGUGUUUUUCUGUUGCAUAUAAAUACUAGAAUAAUUUGAAGUAAAAAUACGAGAUUGAAAGCUGGAACCUUGAUUAUGUGCAUGGAAAAAAACUGUUUCAAUAUCUCCCUGGAAGGCCCUCUUAAAAGCACAGCAUAUACUAAAGUAACAGAAAAAUAAGCUUGUUUUUCAGUUUGUCCUUUUCAGCUACAUAUUCCUCACACAACUGCUUAAAUGCUGAAUAAUUUAGUACUUCAUUUUUGCUAAAUCCUCCGAUGGGGCACUGUGUGUCUAAGUACUUACGCUGAUUGAUUGUGAUCUCAGUGACAUUUUUAAAACAAAAAGCUUUUGAAGAUAUUUUAUUUAGUAGAGCUGAAAUUGAAUAUUUUCUUGUCAGCUUUUAUAUUCUCUAAGUGCCUUUUCUGUCUUCUAUUUCCAUAGCUUUUGGCUGUUGUGUGGCCCCAUAGUUUGGCAAGUUUAAAUAUUUUUUAACCCUUUUGCUAUUCCUAACAUGUUUACCAAAAGAGCACAGGUUUACAUUGGCCGCAUCGAUGCUGUGGACUGUGCUAACUACAGACCCACAAACAUGCCUUACAUUGAGCUGCUUCACUCCUUGUAACCUUCUCUUUGAUUUUAACAGGGGAGAUGGUUUCAGAAGAAGUGAUAGUGGCCAAAGUUUGUGCCAAAUGUAGUGGCUGGAAUGACAACAUGAAAUAGUUUUUAACGCUGGGGUUAGAUGAAAAGAGCAGGGCUACAAUUUUCUUCUUAAUUUAGUUCUAACACCCCUACCUGGCUUCUCGGGAGCACGCAAGUCAAUUUGAUAUAGCUUAAGAUACCAGUCAGCUUUAAUUUCUUUUUGAUUGUUUCUCUUUAAUCAUCUGCUUUGUCAUGUGAUUUUUAUAUGUUGCAGGGGCAUAGUUGAGCAGUCAGCUAAUGCCUGUGGUAGCUCUGCGCACCCUUUCUCUGUAACAGGAUAUUCUGGGGCCAUUUACUAUAAGCAGCAAUCGGAUGAGAACCUGAUGUCCUCCCUCAAGACCGCUCUGUGAUCUUGCGGCCACAGCUCAAGAUCAAGGCGUUUCCUUGAUAGUGCUUUGUCCAACCCACACGUUAUUUUACCCAUCAGUUUGUCGUGUUUCUGGGAACCUCUUGUUCUGGGUUGGGUUUUUUUUUAACGGGAUGCUUCAAGUUCAUUGGGUCGGUGAGUCAUAGUUGUUGACUUUUUGAAUCCCGCUUGUGUUAUAGUCCAAAGGCAUGGAUAACCCCCAUUUUCAGCUUGCAUUGAUUUCAGACAGUCCAUUGAGAUAGAGUUGUAACUUCUACACAAUCAGACAAUGCUCAAAAAAAAAAAAAUAGGAGUAAAUCCCUAAAUUUCACACAUAAUUAAAAUUGUUAGAAAGUACUUAACAAGAAGCAGUCCGUCUAGCUUUUAUUUGAUUUCCUCUCACCAGUCUGCAGCCAGGGCAAUGUUGUACAGAGUCUGCAUGAUUUGGGGCUCACCCUGCUAACAAGGAUCUGCAAAUGUCAUGUUGGCUUGAAGCAUAGAUGCCAAGGGGCAGUCAGUGCUGUAGUCAUCAGGACUGCCUACACAGCCCCAGAGGAGGACAUCUGAUUGCAGCAACCUCUCUGGUGGGGUAGACCAAGAAACCCUCCUCAUUUAAACAAAGAGAGAAAACCACAAAAAAUUCCAACCAACCAAAAAAAAGAAAAACCUCUGCAAAAAGAUAAGAGAGGAAUGGCCAUUCUGAAACUGCCAACAGUUGAGAGAGUAGCAAUUCAUGCUGUUAUGAGCCAAUGGUCUGGUGCAGUUUUGUACACUUUAAAUAAGGGAGGAUUCCUAGUAUAUAUUACUGCUGUCUUCAAAAUGGACAAUCCCCCUAACAAGGUGAUAUUUAAACACAGGGCUGUUCAUGUAUUGAAUGAUCGGAUGCACAUAUCCUCUCUGUUUAAUCUUUCAGCUUGUGAGACCUUUCUUCAAAGGUCAUAAAGCAUUAGUCUAAAUGUGACUAACCAAUCCACAAAGGUUUUGGCAACAGCGAAUCUUGUCUUGGUCAGUGUUUGUAUGAUCCCUGGAAGAGACAAGUCUCUUGCACUCUGUAUUGCCACCAAAAAAAAAAUCAAACCAAUUAAUCAUAAUUUAAAAGGCUGUAUGGUUGCAGUAUUUUUUCACUGCUCAUAUCUUUGCUGUCCUUUUAUGACAGACUUAAGAGGAAAAACAAACUGUGGUGUGAAUAGAGUGAAGAAUAUGCAUUCUGGUUUUAGCAAGAAAUCUGUCCUGAUGCCGAGAUUCCUUAUCUUGAUCUUGAGAUGGUGAAAAGCAAGUGAGACAAAAGGCUCUGCCGGUCUGAAUUCCUGACCAACAUCAGGAUUUUUAAAAAAGAAUUAUAUAUAUGUGUGUGUAAAAAUGGUGCAUUCCAUCUCUGUGAGGUAUGGAAACCGUAACUGUAAUCUUCUGGCAGGAACCACAUUUCACCUACUAUCUGUGUACUGAUCUAAUGAAAAGAAACAACAAGGUUUAGGAUUGCUGCAGCUUGGCACUUACAGUUUUUGCCCACCUCCAUCCUAAUGCAGUUUCUCAUGGCCAGUACUGAAUGGCAGAUCUUAAGAGCAGGUUCCAUCAUGUCACAAACCUGGGUAGCAGCCUUUUGAAAGCUGUGGAGACCUUUAUGCCUUUGCAGGUAUCUUUAGAUGUCUUCAACAGUUCAUAACAGAUCUUCUCAGCUCACAGGUCUCUCUCAGAAGCCUUGGAACUUAAAUAUUUGAAAAAAAACAUGUGAAAGAUACUCUCUCAUCAAAGUAAAUCUGUAUACAGCUGUGUAGUGUGUGCAGUAUGUCUGCAUAGCUGGUUGGCACUGGAAGUUUCUUUCAGAGAAAAGGAAUGCUGUUCUGACUACGUAUGCACAUCCUUCUUCUUCAGCGGGUUAUUCUUCAUAGGUACAAAUGAUAGACUAGUUUAUUCUAAAUGUUUGUGUUCAAAAGCGGUUAAGAAGAAACUGUGUUGAGCAUCUCUCUUGUCUUCCUCCUUCCUCUCCUCUCCAUUCAUCGUCGUCUAUAGCACUAGUGCUGUUGGGCAAAGGCUUCUCCAUCUUGGGCAAACAUGGACCAUUGGCUGAGAUGGUGAUAAAGAGUUUGUCAAGAAACCAGGGUUUCUAAAACUGCUUUCAGCUUCUGGCGAAAUAAAAGCUUUGCUGGGUACAGGCUGUCAUUCUGUGUCUUGAACCCUUGUGCUCCAUUGUAGUUUUACAAAAGGUAUUCGACUCUAUCUAUAUUUAAAUAUAUCCUAGCAUGCUGCUCACCUCAGUGGUAGUCUGUAGAGAUUCUAUAGAAAUACUGAGUUUUCCAUUUCAGGGGAUAUUUGAUAACUCCUCUGUUCUUUUUUGGCUUAAGGUUUGUGCUCUUUGGUCAUUCUUCAUUGUUAGCUUGUUUUAUGAUGUUUGUUUAUUCCCAAGAUGAACCAGCCUUUCUUGGAGACAGAGUUAAUAUUAGAUGAAACACUGUUAUGCAGUGAUUAAUGGAAGCCUAGGUGCAGUUAGCAAUUACUUAAAUGGGCUGGAUUUCCUAAUGAUUACUUUGUUCCCUACAAAUUUAUUUUGCAGACAACUUAUUACACGUUACAGAUAAUGAAUUUGUGAAACAUUUUCAGCAUUGCCCAAGGCACUAGCAGAAAUUACCUCCUCACUGACCGUAUGUGACAAAUAACUAAAAUGGAUAGGAUCUUGCAGGCGCUGCACACUUGGAAGGCCUGCAUAGCUCCUAGGGUUUUUUUGGUGGGUAAAAAAAAGUGACCAUUUGAGUGAGAACUGCCCUGGAGGAUUUGAGCAUUAUCAUUACGGUGCACUGUUAAAAUCAUGGAAUAUAUCUUUAGGUAAGGGGCGUGAGCAAAUGAUAUGUGAAAUACAAAUCGGAGUACCUGUAAGCUCUCUUAAUGUUUCCCUGUCUGCUUUAUUAGUCAUCGUAAACCUCCUGCUACCCAGGUUAUAACCUUGGGAUUAUUCUUUAUACGAUGAGUAUAUUUAGAAUGAAAUUUUGUGUUCCGUAACUUUAACUGUAGCAUACGUUAUUAAAAAUUAAUUUAAUGGUCCUCUAGGAUCCAACUCUGGAGGUAGCAAACAAGCAUCUCGGUUAUAUAUUGUCUUCAAUUAUUCAUUAAGAACUAUGGGGAUUUUCUACAACAUAUCUCCAGCAAAGCUCAGAGCUGUUCUCCUAAUGCCAGCAACAACUCUCUGCUACUUAGUUUAACAGAAAUGGACAUGAUUUCCCUGUUGGAUUUCUCUCUUUGAACUGUGUAAUAUUUUAUUGCAUUUAAUAAAGUUUAUUACAAACAUGAUUUGGUAUGAGAAAAAUCCUGGCAGUGAGGCUGAAGCAUCAUUUAAUUUUGAAUGGGCAUUUUGCUGAC